AUGACUUCAGCUCGAGAAACUUCCUCAUUUGAUUUGAAAGAUGACGCCCUCCACACCGAGGAGGCAAUGGGCGUCGUUCUCAAUGAAGAUCCGCUGUGGAAAAAGCGGGAGAGCCGUGUCCUCAGAAAGCUCGACAUUUUCAUCGGACCAUAUCUUGCAGUUCUGAUGAUCCUCUCCCAUCUCGAUCGCAGCAACAUCGGAUUUGCCACCACUCAAGGGAUGGCGGUUGACAUAGGACUCUAUGGCAAUCGAUUGAAUAUUGCCGUCUCCAUCUUUUACGUCUUUUACGUCUUAGUCGAAAUCCCAGCGGCUAUGCUGGUCAAAAGACUUCGGUUUGACCUUGCAAUCCCUGGAGUGGCUGUCGCUUGGGGUGUGAUUUGUCUCUGCAAUGGCUUCGUUAACAACUUCGCCGGGCUCGUGGUCUGUCGCCUCCUGCUCGGAUUCUUCGAAGGCGUGCUGUUUCCUGCAAAUAUUCUCAUGAUGGCAAACUGGUAUACGCGUGAAGAGCUCGGAAAGAGACUAGGCUUCCUCUUCGUGGCUCUAGCUCUGGCCAGUGCUUUCGGCGGCUUGAUUGCAUUUGGAAUUCUGUACAUGGAUGGAGUGUCUGGUUUACGGGGAUGGCGGUGGCUGUACAUCAUAGAAGGUCUCAUCACUGUUGUUAUCGCUUUUGCUGGGUUCUGGAUCCUCCCAAAAGAUUAUAACACUGCGUAUUUCCUCAAUGAUGACGAUCGAGUCGUCAUGAGACGUCGGGCGGAGCUCACCGAGCAGUAUAACGGAGGUCAGGGCCAUUAUACUCGCAAAGAUUUCAACAUGGCAGUCAUGGACAUCAAAACCUGGAUCCACGGAAUCGCUCAGAUGUGUAUCAUGACAGUCAUGCUAGGAUUCGCGGUCUUCUUACCUGUUAUAUUGAGGACAGGAUUUCAAUACUCACUCAAGGAAGCGCAGUACUUGACAGCCCCAGUCUUCUGUUGGGGUGGGAUAGCUUAUCUUGCCGGUGCUUGGCUGUCAGACAAAUUUCGCAACAGGUUCUGGUUUGUGACAACUGGUGCGUUGGUCGGAAUCGUUGGAUGCUGCUUGUUGCUCGCUUCGAGACACGUAUCGGUUGGGGUACAGUACUUUGCCUGUUACCUUAUCUCGACUGCACUCUUCAGUUGUAGUGGAGGCAACAUUGUCUGGACCUCUUCAAACAGUGCGCCUGAUGGCAAACGAGCAGCAACAGUCGGAAUUCUUUUGGCACUGACCAAUAUUGGUGGAAUUAUCUCCGGGCAGAUUUAUCGUACGGCUGAUGCCCCAUACUUUACAUUUGGUCACUCUUGGUGCUUAGGGAGUCUUGCAGUGGCAUUAUCUGGCUAUGUGAUUAUGCACGUAAUCUAUGCCCGCCGGGAGACCUGGAAAGAUCAGAUGAUUGCAGAAGGUCGCGAUUUCCCACCAGAAGAUUUCAGCGAUCGAUAUCCCUCUUAUAGAUAUCAGAGAUGA